AUGACGAUUCUUUCUAACGAGGAAUUUCUCAAGGAGUUAGGUGCGAUGUAUAUGGAUGCUCGUCUCGGUGGUCCCAAGUCCGUUUACGUGACUAUGAAACCUUAUGACGGUCGGACAAAACCAUUACCGAAGGAAGGAGAUCCACCACCAUCUGAAGGCAAUAAGUGCCUAUUUCGUGCCAAACUGGGGAGAAAGCGCAUCAGCACUGUGGUGACUUCAAAGGAGGUGAAUAAGUUCCAUCUGGCGUAUGUCUCAGUGCUCAGAGCAAAUAUGGAUAAUCUCGAGAGAAGAAAGAAAACUGAUGCUGUAAAAACAAAAGCGAUAACUAAGAAGACUAAUAAGUCAUGA